GUGCUCCCGACCAAGUAGGGCCGUUGUCUUUAGAUCUAGCAGUCUCGAGUAUACGAACCCGCGGCCAACUAGAUGCGACCGCGAGUGUGUGAAGGCCCAGCCGGUAUUGUAGGCAACUAACUUCUUCGGCUUUGGAUUAUUUUAUUUUUAUUGUGAGUGAAAACUUUUUGUUCUCCGACUGGUUACGCGUUGUUAGUUUUUAUGGUUUUCGUUGGUACUUUCUGUUGUUUUUUUGUGUUGUGGGUGUUUGGUGAACUGUGGUUUUGGUUUUCAACGAAAAGGAUACGCAUGAAUAGUAAAUGUGGCAACGAUCCCAACAUUACCAUCAGCAACAAUGUCGAGGCCGUACAAUGUCGGACCAAUCUCAGCAGUGCCAAAACCAUCAAAACAACGACAUCGUCGGUGGUACCAUUCGGAAACUGUCUCUAAAUCAAAGACGUUGCCAUCCCACUUACCCCUCUCACCCCCAUUUGCAAUUUCCGCCCCCACCUAAGUUUCCGCCAGCUACUUAUCAGCACUCAAGUCAAUUAUCCGACUCCUCUCCUUCGACUUCUGCUAUGGCUGAAGAUUUUUUGGCCAUACCGGGCCCGUCUAGUCAACCUGACCCUCCAUGGCCUAGUAUGGAUUAUAGCUAUGCCUACUAUGAACCAGGACCACCCACAAGGCAUACUAAUGUGCCUAGCAAGUAUCCUGGAGCUUAUCGAGAGGGGACCUACAGGAGCAAUCAUACCUAUCUUACCAGGUAUGGAACAGAAGAAAAUAUCUACGAAGAGAUCAGCGACCUAGCCAAAGCUAGACGCCGCAAAGCGCACCAGGACUCUAUAAUGUCCCUAAACCAAAGCCUAGUCGAAGAGGAAGUCCGAAGAGUCCAACACGGUCACAGAAGAGUCCUCGGUGAACUGAAUCUCUCAGUGGAGGCCAUGUUGAUGCCUUCCAACUCUCAAGAAGGUAGCGACGACACCGACAGGGAGAACGAAAUGGACGAUCAAUUAGCUGAUCUUCUUACGGUCGGCCCUACAGACGAACUGCUUAGUCCCGCACCCUUAGUGGACCUGGAUAGUGGUUUUAGUGGUAGUUCUAGUGGUGCUAGUUACAGAAGUGCGGCCGGUAGUUUAAGACGCGGGCCUGAAAGGGCCAAAAGUGCUGCUUCUUAUGUUCCGAGAAGUUCGACUCCUGCAGAACCAGCUAGUAAAGGAUUCUGGGGAAAGAAAGCGUGGAAAAAGAUCGCUGCUUUUCCAAGUAACAUUAGUCUCAAUAAAAGCAAAGGUAAGAAUCUCGACCAAAGUCCAGUGCUAUACGAAGUCAAGAACCGGAAGGUCAGGUGGAGCCGUAAAAUUAGAGGUAAGUUAUUACAUUCUGCAUCAGAAUGA